AUGUCGAAGCUAGGCCAGUCUCAUCGCGACCCAGAGCAUAUACAAGCAUGGCUGAUUGGCGGCGGGAUUGCGUCGAUAUCAGCAGCCGUGCAUUUGAUUAGUGAAGCCCAAGUUUCUGGCUCAAACAUUCAUCUUCUAGACCUACAUCCGAGUCUGGGGGGAGGAAUGACCCCAGGUGAGAUUGGGGGAACUAUGAUGGAUGAGAUUCGACGAUUUGAGAAUGUCGAACGGCCUCAGCCGCAGAAAUCUGCCCUUGUUCGAGCACUGAAUCAUGGACCUUCGGGAUUGGAAUUGGUCGAAACCAAAAGCCUCCAUAUCGGGGCUAAGAAUCGACUUGCUUUAGUGAAUCUCAUGCUGGAGCGUGAAGCUACAUGCCCUCGAGUUUCGAAGAAUCUUCGCAAAUAUCUGGAAGAUAUACAAGACCUCAAUAACGUCAAGACGCUGAAUCGAACUGAGUCCAAUCUUUACGAGUUAAUCGUCUACCCUAUCGUAACUUACUUGAAAGAAGAAGAUGUUCAUUUCCAUUUCAAUACAGAGGUGACUAAUUUGACAGUCUACCCGGUGGCAGACCCAGCCCUAGUCACAUCGCUUCAGUUCCUUCAAGAUGGCUUAGAGCACACGGUCAGUAUCAAUCCGACGGACAUCGUUAUUGCAACUCUAGGCUCGACUAGUGCAGGUGCAUCGUUAGGAACGAACCAAUCCUCGCCUCCGAACUUAUCCCUGAACUGGGAAAAUGAAGUAGCUUGUGACUGGCGAUUCUGGCAGAGACUUGCGCAGCAUUCUCCAAAAUUCGGAUGUCCCAACAACUUUCUGUCGCAAGGCCUGCGGUCCACUGUCGAAACAUUUACGACAACAUUCCACGGGCCAGACUUCAUGGUUCUCUAUGAGAAAUUGACACAUGAACGCCCAGGUACGGGCGCAAUCAUUACCUUGGCAGAGAGCAACUGGGCAAUAUCGCUAUCAAUUCCACGCCAACCUGUUUUUUCAAGCCAAUCGAGAUCGACAAACAUUAUAUCCGGUUAUGCCCUGAGACCGGCCAAUGAGGGGAGAUUCGUGAAGAAGCCCAUGUACAAAUGCAGCGGCCAGGAAAUUCUCAUCGAGAUACUCUCAUUUCUUGAAUUUCCUACUCUUCUGUCAACCUCGAGAACUAUCCCAUACGGAAUGCCGUUUGGGACUGCCCCUUUUCUGUCACGGCGUAAAGGAGAUCGACCUCGAGUGAUUCCGCAAGAUACUACCAACAUUGCAUGCAUUGGCCAGUUUGUGGAGAUACCUGACGAUACCACUUUGGCUAUGGAGUACAGCGUGCAUAGUGCCCAAAUCGCGGUGACUGAGUUGAUGGGGCUGCCGCAACCCCCCGACGAAGUCAAGAAGAGCCUACUUCUGGAAGUCUUGCAUUUGAUGAUUUGA